GAAAUAAUUAAAAUGGCAUCAGAUAUUCCUGGCUCGGUGGCCUUGCCCGUGGCACCAAUGGCAAGUGGACAAGUGAGAAUGGCAGGAUCCAUGCCUUCCAGAGGAGGAAAGCGCCGCUCUGGAAUGGACUUCGAUGAUGAAGACGGGGAGGGGCCCAGCAAAUUUUCAAGGGAGAAUCAUAGUGAAAUUGAGAGACGCAGGAGAAAUAAGAUGACACAGUAUAUCACCGAACUGUCUGAUAUGGUACCCACUUGCAGCGCCCUGGCUCGUAAGCCUGACAAGCUAACAAUUCUUCGGAUGGCCGUUUCACACAUGAAAUCAAUGAGGGGCACUGGAAACAAAUCUACUGAUGGAGCUUACAAGCCUUCGUUUCUUACAGAACAGGAGCUGAAACAUCUUAUCCUGGAGGCUGCAGAUGGGUUCCUGUUCGUAGUUGCAGCUGAGACAGGAAGAGUGAUCUACGUAUCAGAUUCUGUGACUCCUGUGCUGAACCAGCCACAGUCUGAAUGGUUUGGCAGCACUUUGUACGAACAGGUUCAUCCAGACGAUGUGGAAAAGCUGCGGGAGCAACUAUGUACAUCUGAAAACUCUAUGACAGGACGAAUCCUCGACUUGAAGACUGGAACAGUAAAGAAAGAGGGUCAGCAGUCCUCAAUGAGAAUGUGCAUGGGAUCAAGGCGCUCUUUCAUUUGCCGGAUGAGGUGUGGAAAUGCUCCUCUGGAUCAUUUACCUCUGAACAGAAUAACCACCAUGAGAAAAAGAUACAGGAACGGCCUCGGCCCAGUAAAAGAAGGCGAAGCACAGUAUGCUGUUGUCCAUUGCACUGGCUAUAUCAAGGCUUGGCCACCAGCAGGAAUGACUAUACCAGAAGAAGACGCUGAUGUGGGACAAGGUAGUAAAUAUUGCCUCGUGGCAAUAGGAAGGCUUCAGGUAACCAGCUCUCCAGUGUGCAUGGACAUGAAUGGCAUGUCGGUCCCAACUGAGUUCUUGUCUAGGCACAACUCUGAUGGAGUCAUCACCUUCGUCGACCCAAGGUGCAUCAGCGUCAUUGGCUACCAGCCCCAGGAUCUUCUGGGGAAAGAUAUUUUAGAAUUCUGCCAUCCUGAAGAUCAAAGCCAUUUGAGGGAGAGUUUCCAACAGGUUGUGAAACUGAAGGGUCAAGUCCUGUCUGUGAUGUAUCGUUUUCGUACCAAAAACCGGGAGUGGAUGCUGAUCAGAACCAGCAGCUUCACAUUUCAGAAUCCCUAUUCCGAUGAGAUUGAAUACAUCAUCUGUACCAACACUAAUGUAAAACAACUUCAGCAGCAGCAAGCAGAACUUGAAGUACAUCAAAGAGAUGGGCUGUCAUCCUAUGACUUAUCUCAGGUGCCUGUUCCAAGUAUACCAGCUAACGUUCAUGAGGGUGGAAAAUCUGUGGAAAAGCCUGAUGCUAUCUUCUCCCAAGAGAGAGAUCCUAGAUUUGCUGAGAUGUUUGCUGGAAUAACUGCUUCAGAUAAAAAAAUGAUGGCCUCAGCAUCCACAGCAGGAAACCAGCAGCUUUACUCACAGGGAAGCCCAUUUCAGCCAGGACAUUCAGGAAAGACUUUCAGUUCAUCUGUGGUACAUGUGCCUGGUGUGAACGACAUCCAGUCUUCUUCAUCAACAGGCCAGAAUCUGACACAGAUAUCUCGCCAGCUAAACCAGAGUCAGGUUGCCUGGACAGGAAAUCGCCCACCAUUUCCAGGACAGCAAAUUCCAUCUCAGUCUGGCAAGGCUCAGUCAUCUCCCUUUGGGAUUGGAACAAGUCACACCUACCCAGCCGAUCCGUCGUCAUACAGCCCCCUUUCCAGCCCAGCCACCUCUUCUCCGAGUGGGAAUGCCUACUCUAGCUUAGCAAACCGAAGUGCAGGGUUUGCUGAAGGCGGCCAGAGCAGCGGCCAGUUCCAGGGGAGACCUUCCGAAGUCUGGUCCCAGUGGCAGAGCCAACAUCACAACCAGCAAAGCGGCGACCAACAUUCGCACCCACAGCCCAGUCAGACCGAGGUGUUCCAGGACAUGUUGCCAAUGCCGGGGGAUCCGACGCAGGGUACUGGCAAUUACAACAUUGAAGAUUUUGCUGACCUGGGCAUGUUUCCACCAUUUUCGGAGUAGCUUGCGAAGCAGAAAUGGAAGUUCUUCUCCAAGGCCAUUUCAGUGUAAUUUUGGCUCUGCUUUUUCUGUGUUGCAUUUCUGUAGAAGCUACUAAACCAGAAGACACAUUUCUCAUGUUUCAGAUAGUGGUGUAGGGCUUGCUCUCUCCUCCUUGGGGUGCGUCAGUGCCGACAGAGGAGCUCCAGCACUUGUUAGUGUUCAUU